UAUUUAGAUAUUAUUAUUAAUUAGAAAUAUAUCGUUGGUGAAAUGGCCGGAUUGAAUCCAAACCCAGCUGUUUUUAUGUUGAUGUCAACAGGACAAAUUGAAAGUGCUGUUUUUCCAGAUUUUGAAGAGUUAUAUUGCAAGUUUUCAUUCAUCCAUGGUCAAGACUGGGCAGUGACUGCAGGACUAGAAGAAGGUAUCUCACAAAUCACAAGAAAAAGUCGAGACGAGAGACAACUAUUUGUGUGGAACUUCCCACUUGAUAUCACAUAUAAAAGUACAAACCCAUUUGGAUGGCCUCAAUUAGUCGUUAGCUGUUAUGGUCCAGAUGCAUUUGGUCAGGAUGUCGUCAGAGGAUAUGGAGCCACACAUGUGCCCAUAGCACCUGGAAAACACUCAAGGAUUAUACCGAUGUUCGUGCCCGAAUCGUCAUCAAAGUUACAAAAAUUUACAAGUUGGUUCCUUGGCCGACGUCCUGAAUUUGUUGAUCCCAAGGUCGUAGCGCAAGGUGAAGGGCGUGAUGUCACAAGAGUUCGAACACAAGGUCAUAUAAAGGUUACAUUCAAUGUUGUAACGAGAGACAUGAAAAAGAUGGGAUAUGAUGUCACGCCUGGUGAACCACUCGGAUUUGAUGCCACACAAUCUCAGCCUGGUGCCGUUGCCACAAUGCUAUCGUGACAUUCCAAAAUAAGAUACUUUGAUUGCUGCUUAUAACCACUGUGGCUGCUAGUUCAGGAAUGUUUAAAAUUUGGCAGAGUUAAAUAUAAUUAUGUCUGGUGGAUAUUUUUUGAAUAUUGUUUAACAAAAAAAAUCUUCAUAUACACCGUAAUAUUCAAAUGCAUCUGAAGCUUUGCUUCAUUCUAUAGGAUGUCCAUACAUAAAGUCCUAAAACUAAGGGAAUUUAUCGAUACCAUAUAUUGUUUUGGCCCUCGCAGAUGUAUUAAAUGAAGUAAAAAUACUUAAACAAUUACUGAUUAAAAACAACAAACCUAGCUAAGAUAUAUUGAGAAUUGACUUCAUAACAAAAUUGAAACUGUAAAAGGGACUUUAUGGGCACCCUGUAUUUUAUAAACUCUUUGUACACUUUGUUUAUAAAAUAAUUUAAUAAUAAGCAAUCGAUAUCAGAAUAAUACCUUAAGAAAACCAGGUACAAAUAUCCAAUGGGUUGCACAAGCCAUUUUUUUUCCAAAUUCGUAAUUUUCUUAAAUCUCAUCUUAAUAAAUUAUUUGGUGUCCAGCAUUGCACUUUGAUAUUCAACCAAAAACUUGUCGAUUUAACGUGAAGUCGUUUCAGCUCAAAUUAUGAAAGAAUGACUUAUUUUAGGUUACAGAAUGAUCGUUUUUUUGCGUGGAUCAUUUCCAACAAACAAAAAUAUGAUGCUAUUUACCUUGAAUAUGGAUUAUUUCAGGUUACAAAAAAUGAAUAUAUUUUUGUUAACUAGUUCUCUGCACUUUCUCACGGCCGAAAUUGUGUCUACAUCUACCUUAUUAUUAAAUAAAUACUUGCUUCUGAGUUGGUGACUUGACUUCGCAGUCCUUGGUGAAUUUGUCAAUUUGAUAUCCUGGCCUUUUGGGGUGCUUUUAUUGUUUCAACCUUUUCAUAUAAUGUAGAU